ACACUGACUGCCAGUAUUACACAUCUAUUACUGCAUUAUAGAGACACUAGUCUUACAAGCGUUAACCAAUAAUCACUUGAUUUGAAUCACCAUUUGGUUGGCAUUGCGUUGAUUUGGUUUUCACUCCGAGCACAGCUACUAAUGGCACAAAACGAUACAAAGACCUACACUUUGGAGGAAGUGUCCAAACAUAACGAGAAGAAGUCGGUUUGGCUGCUCAUCCACGACGGCGUCUACGAUGUGACCAAAUUCCUCGAAGAGCACCCGGGAGGUGAAGAGGUGCUCAUAGAGCAGGCCGGACGCGACGCCACCGAGUCUUUCGAGGACGUCGGCCACUCAUCGGACGCCAGGGAUCUGAUGAGUCAGUACAAGAUCGGCGAGUUAUGUGAGGAGGACAAGAAGAAGACGAAGAAAAUUCAGAAGAAAUCUUGCGAAAUAAUGUAG